AUGGACGAAAAAGCGGUUGUAACCACGCCCAACGCAACGUGGAUGCCGGAGUUCCCCGUCGCAGCACCCGGCCGGAUCAGUACGCGGGAGGACGGGCGCUGGGGACCCCAGGAGUAUACAUUGUGGCCUCAGUUGUACCAUAGAAAAGUCUUACACCAUGCCUGCAUCCCCGUUCAGGGGCAAGAAAUAGACGGGUUCAAUCUCGACAUCGACGACCUUUGGGACUCAGUUCCGUGGAAUGGGUGGGCGGCAUCCUCAGAGUGUGGGGUGCCCGACCUUGGUUUCCUUGACAAACCCUACCUGUACAUCCUCAAAGCGACGGCUGGGCGUAUCGACGCCAACUAUCAAAUGUCCGCGCGGUCACAACGCGAGGACCACAACAAAUUCGGCGCUCAGCUACUUUCUACCGUUGAUCAGGCGAUCGACCAACUCACCAUCCUCCCGAUGUCCCGCGCGCGCGCCAUCGCCCUCGCCGCCCACGUUCAACGGCUUCUAUUGGAGCUCUGCGGACUACUCGUCUUGUAUGAGAUCGUACAGCCGCGGGUUCUCGACCCCAACAAUGUCGCGAAGAACGUUCUGGCGGUUCGCGGCGCUUUCACAACCGAGGCCGGAACGGCGCAAGUCCUCUUCCGCGUCGGCAUUCCCGUCUGGUACAUCCAGCCCCUCACUCGCUUGGUGCGGGUCGUUGAGGUCCACACGUUCCCGACGGCGAUUGCCUCGCGUUUGAGCGAGGAGGUCUCACGCCCGCAGUUGUUGUCGGAUGGUGGUGAUUUGGCGGGUGUUGUGCAGCAUCCAGGGGAUUGGCCGUUUGCGAUGCAGCAAGAGGUCCUGAAGACCCUUUUGGGUGUCAAGAUCCCCCGCUUGAGCAGUGCAGUGCCAGUGUCCUCGGGACCACCCCCGGCCAAGAAAGCAAAAUCCGAUGUCCCUGGUCAUCCCAAGCCUGAACACGCCGGCCCUGCUGCUCCCGGAGGUUCAUCGCGCCGUAGCACGCGUCGGGGAAAGCGAGCCGCGCCGCAGCAGCAGCCGCCACUGCACCCGUCGCAACGGUAUCAAUCGCUUGAAGGAUGUGCCGUGGCCACGGUUUGGGCGGAUGCGCUGGCGGCCGUCGGGACACUGGCUACCCCGCCAUCACCGUCAACAUAUUACUGGCCGCCCCCGUUCCUGUUUGAAGGAGGCGGCGAGAAGUGCAACAGGUAUUACCAUAACUACGCCCGCAUUCGCCAGUUUUGCCGGCAGCGGCUACUUGAUCCAACUCUAAGGGCCGAGCCUUUGCGCAUUGCGGAGUGGCGCGAUGCUCUUUGGGGUGACUACCGCACUCAAUCAGUCGACGUCACAUCUCCCGACAUGGACAAGCGCACGAAGGAGCGCAGGCAAUUGCAACAAGCCAUCCGCCGUCUGUUCGCAGGCGUCGCUGAGUUGCCUAGCUACGACGCUGCAACGUCCCCGUCGUGGGGCGCUAGGGCUGUCAGCGUGGACGACGCGAAGGAGGGUUCUUUCCAUGCCCAGGUCCUCUGGGAGGUGCAUGAGGUGAACUGGCGCUGCGAGAUGCGAGAGCUCGAUGCCGAGCUAACGCAGUCGCGCGAGUGGGACACGCUCGCUCGUUGGGAACGGGAGGCACGCGUCAGUCGGAUCUGGAGUUCGAUUGGGUCUGGGCUGCGCCUGUGGCCCUGUUGGGAGAAUGACGAGACCACCCGUGCGCAAUGGACGUACUCGGACGAUGAGGCUGAUCAAAGUCACGCUCGUUCAACCCUGUGCGAGCUGCUCGCGGUCAUAGCGCGCUGGCCAGGUCUUCCUGAGGAACUCAAAGUCUUCCCGGACGCCGCCAUGGAUUGGCCCUCGGACAAGUUUACCACUGUUCAGCGCAUUGCCGUCGAGUUCUACGUACACACCUUCGUCCGUGUCUUUAAACGGCUUCCUAUCCCACCCGCUGUCGUUCCCGUCAACUGGCCGUGA